CCAUCUGAUAUUGUUCCUCUUAACUUCGGGUACAAAAAGACACACGAACUUCUUCGACGCAUGGCUUCCUACCAAGGUGAAGUCACCGCCGGACAUCCUGAUUUCCCAGAGGGAAGCACUGCAGCCUGUAGAGAAGCCUCCGGGCCAGUGGACUUGAAUGUGCCUGACAUUGUUUACACUACCGAAGAUGACGAGGUGAUUGAUUGA